GCAAUUGCUGUGUGCGACACAUUCACGCUGAGUCCACCGGCCAUCCAUCCAACCAACGUCGAGCAUUAAUUUGCGGACGUGUGAGUGAAGUGGUGGCACAACGGUAGUGGCGCGCUAGUAGUUGGCGAGUAAAAAACCAAGUGCAUUCGAGCAACGGACGACACACGACGAGGAAUGCAGCUGCUGCGUUGCAGCUGUGAAAAUACUUCAGUGAUUUCGUUUGAGUUUAAAGAACAUUUUUUUCAUAUUUGCUUAUUCUAUUUUUGAUUAAAAUAAAUGCAUUUAGUGUGAGUGUGGUUUAAAGUAAACUUUUGUGGAAGAAGUGCUUCAAGGCGAAGUGUAAAGUGUAGAGUGGGUUGAAAGUUCAGUGAUGAAAUUGAGAUUAAUUGAGAACCAUACGCACUUGAUUGAAGCAAUUGCUGGAAAAGUGUGUUUUUGUUGUUUUCAUUGUAGUUGUUUUUAUUUUUUGUAAGCGGCUGUUGGCUUGUUUGAGUGCAUGAACGCUCUAAAUUGCCAUCGGGUGAAAUAAUAAUGAAAACAUUGGUACCGUUAGGCGCAUAAAAACACAACACGCGGAAAAAAUAACGCUAAAUAUAGUGGAAAAAGCAACUUCGCAAAAUAAACAGCAAACGUUUGGCGAAAGUGCAUGCAGCGUAAAGUGCAAAGCAAAGCGAUUGAGACGGGCGUGGACUAAUUAAAAAAUAGUAAAAGCAAGAAAAACGUUAACUUCGGCUGCACCGAAGCUGUAAUACCCUUCACAGGCGCAUUUCUCACAGCAUAACAGGGUAUAAAAAGACAGCAGACUUCAGCUCGAUUUUGAUCUGUCAGUUUGUAUGACAGCUAUAUGAUAUUGUCUGUUCUGUUCUAAACAAGUGCGCCAAAUUUGAAAACUUUGUGUGAAAGUUACCAUAUAUCCAAUAGUGGUCCGAUAAACCUAACAAUGAGCAGGUUCUUCGGUAGAAAAGGAAGUGUGCAAAAUUUCAGUUGGUUAUCUCAAAGACUGAGAGACUGGUUCGCAUGUAGACAAACAGGCAAACCAACGGACAGUUUGAAAUUUCUACUUUAUUUUUUUUUUGUAACAUUUUUUUUUCUUUUAAUUUUUUGUAACUGUUGUCAUUAGGCCCAUAUCAACACUGCCUAAACGCCGCUUGAGCACAAAUACGUUUACGACGCUUUGAUUUCACAUAUUUACACUCAUUUAUAUAUACCUACAUAUACUGACGGCAUUUAUAUAGCGAUUUAGUUUAACAGCAACACUUCCGUUGCUUCCAAUUUCGAGAUUUUAUAACAACAACAGCAACAAAAACACUUGAGUUUCCAGUAAACACCUGGCUUGUUGUGGCGAUAAACUACCCAAAUAGACACAUACACACAUGCACAUGUACCGAUUAGAUGACAAAAACAAGUUCAUUUAUAAACACUUCUAAUAUACUUAUAUAACAACAACAUGUAUUUAUGUAUGUCGCGCUCCACACUCAAGUCGCCCUGCUUUUGCACGCUCAGCGUCACUUUGCUUUGCUUUUGAGUGAUAGCUUUCAACAAGUCGGAAAUAUCUGCUCUUAUAAUCAACCACACACUGGAAAUGUGUUCUCGUGCGAUUAGCAUCUCUAAGCUUGCGGAGCGCCGCAUUUUUCCUUUCCGCAUUCGUCCUUGAGGCAAACUGCUCUCAAAUUCAAGCCGCAAUGCAAUACUAUUUUGUUAUGUGUCUUUAUUUUUUUUUUCCAACGUAAGAAAAUUUGUAUUUCUCUAUAUUCCUUUCCAGUUCUUAACCUGUUUUCUAAAACACUACAACUAAGUCGUUUAAUUGUGCGCGCUUUGUGUAAUCGCAUACAUAUCUAUAUACUAUUUGAUAUUAUUUUUGCUCAUCGCCGGCGAAAUUGUGUAUAAAAGCGUAAAACAAAAAAGUGAAAAAUAUGAAUAACUUGACAAAAACUGAAUUAUUACCAAAGAGCGGGCAUGUCAACGAAGUUUGCAAGGAAUGGCUGGUACGUGAAGAUAGCGCAUUGGCCUAUAAAUUGCAGUCGCAAGAGAUCAAUGACUUCUACAAAGGCAAUCGGCAGCGCAAUGCUGUGGUACGUGAAGAUUUUCCCACCGCGCUCAAUGAACAAAUCAAAGAGAAAGAAGAAGCGGAGAAGCAAGUGGAAAUGUAUCGGCGAAGAUUGCUCGAGCUGGAGACACAUGACAAGCGUGUUGCGAAGGAGAUCGCCGACAAGUUGGAACGUGACUUGCAGGAGCAAAGACAGCGCGAGUUGUUAGAGAGCGAAGAGAUGGCGCAGCAGAUGCAGGAGCUGUACGUGAAUUUGCCGCCGCCAACGCGUGGCAAGGCACAGCAGCCACCACCACGUCCAGCUAAAGCAAGUAUCUUGCAACAGAAUCCAAAUGAACCCUCAACAUCGAAUGGUAGAUAUUUUAGUGGUAGUAGUAGUAGCCAGCACACAAGUCAUCAACAAUUGUCACAAUCACCACAAACACCACAACAGCAACAGUCAGCAUUUCAACCAUAUCACAAGCAGCAACAACAACACAUAUUGCCACAAACAUCGCCAGAAUCAUAUCUAUUGCAACAGAAUCAUUUCUCUCAAACUGAUUGUUAUGUUGGCAUAACUAUACAAAAGUCACCCUCACUAACAGCAGCAGCAGCAUCCACCAAUGCCGUAGAGUCACCAUCACCACCAACAUCUUCAACACGCAAAUCAUCAAAAUCACAAGCGAAUGGCAGUAGCCACUUAUUGCAACAACAUCAACACUCAUUGUCAUCCAUUUCGACGGGUUCGACAUCUUCGGGCGGAGCAGCAGCGUCGGCAGCAAUAAUGGCAUCGCCAUCCGCUUCGGUACAGUCAUCUUCAUUUGCACAUCAACACCCACACCAGCACAAUCAACAACACUUGCAUUCACCAGCUGCACUACAACAACAACAACAAAAACGCAAUGCGCUCGAUAUGCACCCACACCCCAUACACACACCCUAUACUAAUCACUCACCAACACACACAACAACAACACCAACAGGCGUACAACAACAAUCGCUAAACCCACGUCAGCACUCAGUUGAAGAGUUGGUGGAGUAUUCGGAUGUUGUAGAUAAUAUACGCCAACUUAAUAGUGAGGCUGGUGGCCAUACACCCGAAUCAUCACCAAUACACAACACUUUCAGUAAUAAUCAUCCCAAUCCAUCAACUGGUGCCUUGAGCAAUCGCCUGCAUUCGGUUUCCAAUGAGAAUUUGCUUAGAAAUGAACAUAAAUUUCAGAAACUCUCACCGGAGAAAUACGAUCAGCUGGUGGGUAAUGAUGGCAGCGGGCGUGGCAUGCCAAAUGCCGUUGCCGCUGAGCGGCACAUGCAAGCGCACGCGGAUGAUAUCGAAUUGUAUGUGGAUCCGUGUGAUUAUGCGAGUUUGAAGGAGAUUGGCUUGCCCCUGGAGGAAAUCAAGGAGAUGAGUAAGAAGCUGAAGCAGGAGCAGAAGGAUGAGUUGCUGGCGCGUCGCUUGCAGCAAAUGGAGGCGCAUGAUGGACUCACACAGGAAGAGCGCGAUCGGCUGCUAGCGAUCGAGGCGCAAGACAAAGAACUGGCUAAAAUGUUGCAAGAUCGCGAGCGCGCCAAAGCGAAACGCGCCAAAGAGAAGGCGCGCCUGCGCAAGCAUCAACAAAAAGAUGGCAACACAACGCUAUGCUCGUCCAAUGGCAGCACCUCAAAUGGACUACAUUGCGGUCCACUGCUACCGCUGCCACAGGAUUGUCUCUCAUUUGGCAAGCACACGUCACAUGCAGCACCUUCGCCAACAGCGGCUGCCGCUGUCAACAACUUCCCCUACACCCCACAACCGACAGCGCGCAAUGGUUUACAUAUGCAAGCGGAAGAGGAGGAGGCGGACAUAAUCGAUGUGGAGGCCUACUCGAAUCCCAUUGAUGUGCUGCACAAUCAACAACAACGCCAACAACAAAAUGGCACACUCACCAAUGGCAGUCUGACACGUGAGGGUGGGCGCCGCAGCAACGGCAGUCAACACAAUGGCAUCGGUGCGCAUCAGAAUAGCAUGUUGCUUAAUCGCGGCGAAGAUGACAUCUACACAUUGCCGGUAGACAGCUGUCGCCCAGGGCAACGUCCAACGUCGCUGAACAUUAGCGCAACCAGUGAUGCGCAUCUGUUGCAACACAACUCAAUGACUAGAUCCGAAAACUACUCCAUCGAUUCGCAUGAUUCACUAAGCAGACAUGAGCUGGCUUCACGCAUGAACUACUCGCAGUCGAGUACUUUUGGUAUAUAUAUAAAAGCUCAAGCCCCACACCGCCUUAUAUGCCGAUUCAGGGUACGCGGCGCUCAAACUCAGGCGACGAACGAAAAAAGAAGUCCAAGGAUAAGUGUACGCAUCAGUGAAGCGGCCACAAAUUAGUCGAAUUGCUCAUUUAUAUACCAUAUACAUAUGCAUAGUAACAUAUACAUAUAUAUAUAUAUACAAACACACACACACACAUACAUAUAUAUGUUAAGAUAACUUACAUAUCCUUGUUAUAAACCUAUGUACGUUUGUAUCGCAAUGAAACUGCAUAUAUACAUCUUUACAUAUUUAUUGACAUGCUCACUACUCUAGAAAUUAUUCCCCCAAACUCAUUGAAUAAAAUAUUUCCAUUUCAUAUCAAAUGAUUUUUCUGAUCACUUCUAUAUACACAUGCAUAUGUACUUAUUUGUUGAAGGAAGUAUUGCAUAAUAUAUUAAUAUGGGCAAGAGUUAACAGUUAAAUCAAUUUGUGUAAAGUGACAAACAAUAAAAGAGUAUGUAUUUGGUGCGCUUAAGCAUUUAUUAUAAAAAUAUCUUACACAUAGCUACAUAUAAAUAUAUAUAUAGUUAUAUAAUUAAAGCUACCUAAAAACAUUAAACCAACAUUUACAUAUAUACAUAGUAUACAUAUAUACAUAAAGUUAGCAUAUGCUCAGCUAUUGUGAAAUGUUUUAUCGUUUAUUCUGAAAAUGUAUUUGCAAAAUUAAACAAAAAAUUUAUUUAAAAAAAUGUUA